AUGGAGAUUUCCCGCAAAGCCGGCGGCCCCGAGGGUCAACGCGCGACGCUGUGGAGCGCGAUGGAACGCGACCUGUGCCACAUCUGCGGCGAAGCCGAUCCGGACUUUUGGGGCAUCGAGGGCGACCUCAUCGUCAUGUGCGACGGCUGCGACGAGCAGGCGCACCUGUCCUGCUACGGCCUCACGGAGGUGCCGGAAGGGGACUGGUUCUGCCAAGGCUGCGUCGACGGCGUCAAAGUCGGCCCGGGCAUGCCGGACGACUCGGGGAUGUGCGCGCUGUGCCCGGUCCCCGGCGGCGUUCUCGCGCGCGUGCAACCGCCAUCUCGAUGGGCCACGGACUGGGGCGCCGACGGCUCGCACGCGCACUUGUGCUGCGCGUCGAGCCUCAGCGAAGUCGCGGUGACGCCGUCUACGACGUGCGCGCCCGUCAUCGACAUGUCGCGCGUGAAGAACUCCCGGAUGGCGCUCAUGUGCGGCCUGUGCGGACUCGCGGGCGGGUGCGUGCAGUGCUCGAUGAAGAACUGCUUCCAGGGGUUCCACGUCCUGUGCGCGCGCGCGGCGGGGUUG